ACGGUAUACUUGACUAAUAUCGGUUGAUAAUCAAUUGUGGUGGCGAGAUCUCUUGGAUCAUCUUCGCUUCGCCGCUUGGGCGGUGUGGUCGUCGUCAUCAUCGUCACUACUAAUUACUGUUGAGAUUAAAAAAAAAAUGCUUAAUUGAGUCUCGUCGUCUUCUGCUUAAGCUUCAUCAUCAUUUAGCUCCAGAGGUGGAGCUUUCUUCUCUCUCUCUCUUUUGACGACCAUGGCGGCGGACGACGGCGACCCCACUAAUUUCGCUGCAAUCUACGACUCAUCUUCUCCGUCGCACCCUCUUCUCUCUAAACCCUCCACGUCCGCUCUCGAUUCUCCGCGUCGAAGUGAUCCCGAAUCCGACCCAACUCAAUUUCUUCAGAUCUCCUACAAUUUUGGCCCCAGAACUUUCAAGGACAUCCCUUUCCUUCUUCUCUUCGAUCUUCUCGUACUCUCCACCUUUGGUUUUGGAAUCUUCUCCCUUUUCCAUAGAAACAGCGAUUACGGGAGCUCCUCUUCCUUCACCUACGAUUUCCACUCUAGCUCCUGCGUCAAAAAUUCCACCUUUACGAAAAUUUCGGAUGGGUACCACUCGAGUGUCAUGUACGGUAUGGUUUCUUCGUCUGAUCCAGUCUUUGAGAAGGAUUUAAUCUGGACCCUUGUUGUAACGCUCAUCUUAAGCCUGCCCUUCUGUUUUAGCGUCCUGCUUUUGCUCAAACACUACACUAAGCAGAUUGUUUAUGCUUGUUUACCUCUCUUUGUCCUUUUCCCCAUCUUUUUCAAUCUCUAUUGGUUUGUCGCUUGUACUCUUAGCGCUUCUUGUAGUGACGCCCUCCCUCUAGCUUACAGAAUUCUUGUCCUAGUCUUCGUUUUCUUGAUCAUCGGGAUCAUUGUCUGGAUCAUAGUAGCUAAUUGGCACAGAAUUGAGCUCACUAUCCAAAUCAUCAGUGUUGCAUCGGAUGCCUUGUCCAAAAAUUUGAAGCUUUUUGUUGUGUUGCCGCUGCUGACUCUCGGGUUAGUGGUGUACUAUGUGCCGAUUGUGGUGUUCUUGGUGUUUGCAAGGUUUAAUGGGAAGUUUGUGCCGCGAGAGUUGGAUAGUCACUACUUUUGUGAGUGGAAGGAAGAUUCUUGGGUUCCUGCGUAUUACGCUCUUGCCAUUUUAACGAUGCUUUGGUCUCUUGCUGUAAUGGUGGAAAUGCAAGUGUAUGUGAUAAGUGGAGCUAUUGCUCAGUGGUAUUUCUCCAAGGAAGACUCAGUGCCUAAAAAAUGCAUCCGGAGUUCUUUGAGGAACGCAUUUGGUCAAUCCUUUGGUACAAUAUGUGUAUCAGGACUUCUCAUCUGCAUUGUUCGUGUGGUCCGGGCAAUUGUGGACAAUGCAAGAGAAGAGAACCCACAAGGGAUAGUGAACUUGGUUCUCCGUUGCUGUGCAAACGCCUUACUUGGAGCCCUUGAUUAUCUCAACAAGUUCACCAUCAACUUUGCUGCAAUAACAGGGGAAGCCUAUUGCACCUCUGCGAAAAUGACUUAUGAGCUCUUAAGACGCAACCUACUGUCAGCUGUAUUUGUGGAAACGGUUUCCACCAGAAUCCUAACCGGAAUAGUCUUUGUCCUCUCAGCCGCAUAUGCAGUCGCGACAUGGGCUGUUCUGAGAGGCGUGACCAACCUGGGUAUAGAUUCGUACUUGGUGGCUAUACUUGCGUGGCUGUUACUGAUAGUGGUCUUGGCUUUCUUUGUACAUGUUCUUGACGAUGUGAUAGACACAAUUUAUGUCUGUUACGCGAUUGAUCGAGACAAAGGGGAUGUAUGUAAGCAGGAAGUUCACGAGGUAUAUGUUCACUUGCCUAUCAGCAGAAGCACAAGAUCUUCUCUAAUCCCAAAUGCUCUGAAUGCAUAGGAGAAGAUGAUCCAACGUCUCUGCUUGUUGUAUUUGUUUUUUUGUUUGUUUACACCAUUGUAAAUUCGUGAGUAGAGAAAGUGAAUCUUUCGUUUGUCUUCUUGGGGUUUAUAUUGACGUUUUGUAGAGUUAUGGGGUAAUGUUGAAUAAAAAAGAAAUAGUGUUUUUAUGAAAAA